AUGAAUGAUGUGCCAGCGCGAGCGCACCACCUGCUGAUCACAGAGGGAGAUAUGAACGCCCGGCUUGGAAAGGAGAGUGAAGAAGAUUCCCGUUGGUACUUUCAUACUCGUACCAAUCGGAAUGGAGAGCUACUGAGAGACACUGCUCUGGAGUGCGAUAUGGAAAUUACCAAUAUCCGCUUCAGAAAGAAGGUCAACAAGAGGUGGACCUUCUUAUCCGAUGGGACACUUAACAAAGGUCAGAUUGAUUAUAUCCUCAUACGGCGGAAGUGGAAAAACUCAUUAAAGAACACUGAAGUUUACAACACUUUUCAGUCGUUGGGAUCUGAUCACAGAGUUGUAGUGUGUAAGAUCAAAGUUAGCUUUAGGAAAGGACACAGGCCUCCGAAAAAAGUUAACUAUGAUUAUAGUGCCCUGAAGUCGGAUGGUGAGCUUCAAAAAAAGUAUGCAAUUGAAGUUUGGAAUAGAUUCUCUGGCCUGGUAGAGGAGGAUGAUGGGGCCACUGAAAGCUACGGGAAGCUUAUGGUUGCUAAUGAGGCGGCAAACAAGAGCCUUCUGCCAAAGAAGACUCGACAAAAGCAGAUUGACCCCUCAAGUGACCCAAGAGUGGACAGUGCAAGGAGGGGACUGUUCUUGGCCAAGGACCAAUACCAUCAGGAGCCUUGUGAGGAGAAGAGAGAGGAAGUCGCCACUAAAAAGGAUUUGUUAAAGGCCUGCUACAAAGAGGGAGGACAAAUCCCAGCUGUGGACUCGUGGAAGGGGGCAGCUCAACAGAACGUCUUGAGAACUGGAGGAAGCACUUCUCUGGGUUACUUGGACAGCCACCCACAGUCCCUGACAAUAGUAUUCCGAUCAGGAAUAUACAGUAUACACCCUCCACUGAAUAUAGAGGAUGGCCCGUUCACCAUUGAGGAACUACGUCUUGCCAAAAAGCAGAUAGUAGAAGGCAAAGCUUAUGGUGAUGAUGGUAUCUCACCUGAAGUGAUGAAGAGGGUGGACAUCGAUGACGUCAUCCUGAAGUUCUGCAACGAUGCAUUAUGUGAUGGUCUCAUGCCCGAUCAAUGGAAGCUCAGUAAUAUUGUUCCUGUGCCAAAGAAAGGGGACCUCACUAAGACCGACAACUACAGAGGAAUAUCUCUGACAUCGAUAGUCAGUAAAACUCUGAACAAAAUGUUGCUGAACAGGAUGAAGCCAAGUCUUGAGGAAGUUUUAAGGGACAACCAGAAUGGCUUUAGACCUGGGCGCUCUACAACAUCGCACAUCCUUGCUCUACGAAGAAUUAUGGAGGGUGCUAGAGCUAAAAAUCUUAAGGCCACCAUGGUUUUCAUUGAUUUCAAAAAGGCGUUCGAUAGUGUGCAUAGAGGUUUGCUCAUGAAGAUAUUGAAAGCAUAUGGCAUACCAGAAGCCAUAGUGCGGCUCAUUGAGGGUAUCUAUACGAGCACAAAGGCUAAUGUAAUUACAGCCGAUGGUAUAACAGAAAUUUUUGAUAUCCUGGCUGGAGUACUGCAAGGAGACACUCUUGCCCCGUACUUGUUCAUUAUCAUGAUUGACUAUAUCAUGACAGUGACUAUAGACGAUGAUGACUCGGACUCUGGGUUCACUCUCAGGCCUGCACGGAGUAGAAGGAUUGGUGCCGAGAAGAUCGCAGACGUCGAGUUUGCAGAUGAUGUUGCCCUUAUCACUGAUACCAUUGAAGGGGCAAAACUACUCCUGGACAGGCUUGAGAAAGCAGCACUGAGUGUUAGCCAUGAACGGCACUAA